GAAACACUCCUCUCUCAACGGAAGUGAUGAUAUGAAACGUCACAGGAAGUGCUAAAGCAACCCGGAAGCUUUGGGACGUGCCAUGAUUAAGAGGUUUUCUGUCCUGAUCGGGAGGGCCGCAUCAGCCCAUUUGCUUGAUGUUCCACUUUCCACUCCCCAUCAUGUACGAUACCUGGCUGCUAAACCGGGUAGAGUACAUGGCAAAGGCAAGAAGUUUAUUCUGAAACCAGUGAAAUUAGAGAAACAGGAGAAGCAAGAAGUGGAGAUCAAACAGUCUAUGACUGUGUCUCAACUUGCUGAUGCCAUGAACAAAGACAUAGAUCAUGUAUAUGAAGCCCUACUGAACACAGCUAUAAAUAUCAAUGAUCUAGAACCAGAUACUGUGUUGGAGGAGAAGUGGCUAAAAGAGGCCAUAAAGAGAUCUGGGAUGAAGUAUAAAUGGGCCAGGAUAGUGGAGAAUGAAGUUAGAGAAAACAAAGACAUCCAAAGACAACCACCACCAGAUCCUGCAAGUUUAGUGAAUAGACCUUCAGUAGUAACUAUUAUGGGGCAUGUGGAUCAUGGGAAGACAACGUUGCUGGACAGCCUGAGGAAGAGCCAGAUUGCUGUACAAGAGGCUGGAGGCAUCACUCAACACACUGGAGCAUUUCUGGUCCAGCUUCCCUCUGGUGAACUGAUUACGUUUCUGGACACCCCUGGACAUGCAGCAUUUUCUGCUAUGAGGGCUCGUGGAGCCUUGGUUACUGACAUCAUCAUUCUGGUGGUCGCAGCUGAUGACGGAGUGAUGAAGCAGACCAUCGAGUCCAUACAGCAUGCCAAGAAAGCCAAAGUACCAAUCAUCGUGGCAGUAAAUAAAUGUGAUAAGCCUCAAGCUGAGCCCCAGAAAGUGAAACAAGAAUUGCUGGCCCAUGAUGUUGUAUGUGAAGAGUUUGGAGGAGAAGUCCAGGCUAUCCAUGUGUCUGCUUUAAAGGGGGAGAAUCUGAUGGAGCUGGCUGAAGCUACAGUAGCACUUGCUGAGAUGCUGGAACUGAAAGCUGAUCCUAAGGGUCUAGUAGAGGGGACGGUCAUUGAAAGCCAUACAAGCAAGGGCAAAGGGCCUGUAACAAUGGCAAUAAUCAAACGGGGCACUCUAAAGAAGGGCUGCAUACUGGUGGCAGGAAAGGCUUGGGCUAAAGUGCGCUUACUGUUUGAUGAGAAUGGCCAAACUGUGACAAAUGCAGGGCCUGGCAUUCCUGUGGAGAUUAUUGGUUGGAAGGAACUACCUUCUGCUGGCGAAGAAAUUCUGGAGGUGGAGUCAGAGCAACGGGCUCGGGAGGUAGUGGAGUGGCGCAUAUACAUGGAAGAACAGAAUAAGCUGAAGGAGGAUCAGCAAGCCAUUGCGGCCAAGCAGAAGCAACACCAAGAGAGCUAUCAGGAAGAAAGGGAGAGAUUGGCGCAUCUCAACUGGAGGCAGAGGAAAGUCGCUCGCUACAAGGCCAACAAGCACCAACUAGCCUGCAGACCCAGUGAGAAAGCCGAGGCUGGGGAUCUCAGUCUGAGUCUCAUUAUCAAAGGUGAUGUUGAUGGGUCAGUGGAGGCAAUUUUGAACAUCCUUGAAAGUUAUGAUGCAGAGGAACAAUGUGUCUUAAAUAUAGUGCAUUUUGGUGUUGGGGACAUCUCAGAAAAUGAUAUUAACCUGGCAGAGACGUUCUCAGGAACAAUAUACGGUUUCAACAUUGGAGCGAAUAAGUCAAUACAAGACAUGGCUGCCAAGAAGGGUGUUCCCUUAAAGAUGCAUCGUGUCAUCUACCAUCUGAUAGAUGACCUGAAAGAGGAGCUUAGCAGUAAACUGCCCCCGAUUACUGAGGAGAAUAUAAUAGGAGAAGCCUCUGUUCUGGCCACGUUUGAGGUGACUGUCGGGAAGAAGAAGGUCCCAGUGGCUGGCUGCAGAAUCCAGAAGGGCCAACUGGACAAGAAGUUGAAAUUUCGACUCAUUCGAGGAAAAGAGGUUCUUUGGGAAGGGGCUUUGACUGCGCUAAAACAUCAUAAAGAUGAUGUGCAGGUUGUGAAGACAGGCAUGGAAUGUGGCCUGUCUUUGGACAAAGCUAUUGACUUUAACACUGGAGAUGAAAUAAUCUGUUAUGAGGAGAUGGAGAAGCACCAAACAAUAUCUUGGGAUCCAGGGUUUUAAGAGAGUCAGUGACAUCACUAGCAUGUGGUGUUCAAAAUUGUGUCAAAUUAUUAUGUCCAUAUUCAGAUGUGACUGGCAAGUUGUGUAAUUUAUUCCAUGAUUAAAAUAAAUGUGUCUAAAAAAAAGUGGGAACGGUAU